UGGCAUUUGCUUGAAGUUGCAAUCGAGUAGUAGUGGGCUGAAUCCAGUUUAUUGAAACAAGGGAGAAAAAUUCUUAGAGAAUUUUAAAAACUGACGAAAAUGGGGCUAGAUAAUGUUCCCUCGAGAUUUUUAAAUUUUAUUUUAUUUGCUAUUUUGUGCAGCCUUGCUCAUGGAUUUGAUCUUCCGAUCCUCAAUGAGGAAGAGGACGCUAUUUUGAGUCCAGAUUAUCCACUCUCGAGUAAUCCAGACGAUAUCAAAUUCUACCUAUACCCAAAAAACGCAGAUCCACAAUAUGAGCAAGAACUUGUCUUCAAUAAUCGAAGGAGUGUGAUUAACUCUUCCUUUAACAAUUCUGCCCUAAAAACGGUACUUCUUAUCCAUGGAUUCACUGACAACAGAACAGUUCAUUUGGACAGAGUUGUGCUUCCAGCUUACCUCAACUCGCCAUUGAACUACAACUUCAUCGUGGUUGAUUGGGGUCUUCUUUCCGGAAAUGUACAUUUUGACAAUCUUAUCGAACAAUUUGAAAUUUACAAGACAGUUGUCUCCACAAACAUCCCAAUCGUUGCCAACCGUACGGCCGAGUUCAUUAAAUUCCUUGGCGUGGACCCAUCCACCGUCCACCUAGUGGGGCACAGUUUAGGAGCGCACGUUUCUGGAAAUACGGGCCGCAAUUACCAGAGCUUAACAAAUGGGAAAAAAUUGGCACGAAUUACGGGGCUAGAUCCAGCCGGACCAUUAUUUCUCCUUCCCAGAUUUCCAUUCCCCAAGAUUCACAGGGGAAAUGCAGACUUUGUCGAUGUCAUUCAUACCUGCAUGGGCGAGCUGGGAGACGUCGCCAUGGACGGAGACGUUGAUUUCUUUCCAAAUGGCGGAGUUAAUCAACCAGGCUGCGACUUUUUACAAGGAUUGCCAACGUUGAAUUCAUGCAGUCAUCAAUUCGCUGUAAAACUUUAUGCUGCAUCCAUUACGAGAAAUUUCCCGUCCUGUAAAUGCAUCAACGCAGAUGCAGUAACCGGACUGAUAAGUCCACUCAAAGGGGUAGACCUGCAAGUUUGUUUGGAUAAUUGUCCAACUGAUGUAGUUCAACUUGGCGAAAAUUGUCCACCAACGGCACGAGGCUUCUACUCACUAAGAACGUCUAGCGAUCCAUAAGCGAAUUAUGUAAAGCAAAAUGGAAGAAAAUGUUAUUCUAAAUUCUUAAAAUUCUAUAAAUUUCACGCACAAAUUUGUAAUAUAUUAAUGCCCGUUGAUGACAUAAAAUUGCAUGAAAAAAAUGA